CCCAAAGCCAAUCGCUGAAACACGUGACCUCGCGUCCAUCCCGCAUUUUGCUGCCUUCUCUAGACUCCAACAGUCAACUCCAACAGCUGCCGAAAGCUCGGCUAUCCUAGUCGCGAAAUCUUCUACACGACCCUCUCAACUGCUGCGAACAUGGCGCCUGGUCGCAAGGCCAAACCUCCCCAGCCAAGUCGCCCGGCAAACACCCUGAUCCUCGACAAUGGCGCCGCCACGCUGAAAGCAGGUCUUCUCUCCAACCCAACCACGCCGCCGCUGGUCAUCCCCAAUCUCGUCGCACGCGAUCGCCUCCGGAAAACAUACGUUGGGUCGGAAGCGAGCGCGAUCCGCGACACCUCUGACCUCGCCCUCCGCCGGCCCGUGGAGCGUGGGUCGAUUGUGAACUGGGAGGUGCAGAGGGAGAUCUGGGAUCGAACAUUUCUCGAUACUGGCGCGCCGCUGCGCUGUGACCCCAGCGAAACGAGGCUGGUACUGACGGAGCAACCGAAUAAUCUGCCAGCGCUCCAGGCCAAUUGCGACCAGAUUGUGUUUGAGGAGUAUGGCUUUGCAAGCUACUAUCGUGGCGUUGGCUCCACGUUCAACGCCUACCACGAUGUGCAGACUCUUUUCCGUACCCCCAAGGACCAUCCCACAGUCGCCAACGCGCCAGCCGAGGUCAUGCUCGUCGUUGACUCAGGCUACUCGCACACGACCGUCACACCCGUCCUUGCGGGUCGAGCCGUUCACUCUGCCGUCCGAAGACUCGACGUGGGCGGCAAGCUCAUGACCAACUACCUCGCCCGUCUUCUCUCGUUACGGCACUUUGACAUGCGCUCCGAGACCUUCCUCGUCAAUGAGAUCAAGGAGGCCGCGUGCUACGUGUCGCCCGAUUUCAGGCGCGAUGUCGAGCGUUGCUGGAAAGGCACACGGGGCGAGAAAUGGGCAGAGUAUCUUACGGGAGGCGGCAUCGCCAAGGACUACAUCCUGCCCGACUUUCACACGCGAUGGAAGGGCCAACUCGUCGACUACGAUCCCGCGCGGCACUCCAAGAGCAAGAAGAUAGCCGGCAGCGACGAGGACGCCCUGACACUUCGGAAUGAGCGCUUCUGCAUACCGGAAAUUGCCUUCAACCCUUCCGACAUGGGUAUGCGCCAGCCUGGGCUCCCGGACCUGAUACACCAAUCACUUCAGACUUUACCAGUAGGGCUUUGGCCCGGCUUGCUAGCAAACAUCCUGGUUGUGGGAGGCAACGUUCUGUUUGAUGGGUUCAUUCAACGUCUACAAAAAGAGGUCGUCCAGCGCUUCCCGGACGAUUGCGUGGUGCGCGUUGCCAGGCCAGCAGACCCCAUCACCAGUACCUGGCAAGGCGCGGCUAUUCUGGCGAAUCACCCCCAUAUCGAGAAACUUGUCGUCACCAAGAAGGAGUACGAAGAGCUGGGGGCUUCGCUCGUGGCUCGGAAAUUCGCCCAAGGGUUGGGCGCAGGCUGAAAGAUGCUAGGCCAUCAGAACCAACGCCUCACAACCGACCGAGACCCCGUCCACGCGAGGUGCACCCUAGCUCACGUCAGUAUGCGAGUCCGGAAGGACGACAGCUUGCCGCUGGGCAGAAAUCAGGCUUACAGUCGCACUGCGUGAACGUCAGUACUCUAUCUCACAGAGGUUUGGCCUUCAACUUACAUGAGAGAGAGUGCAUCCCUCGUUGUGGGUAAUGCAGUAUCCGCCACCACAGCACCUGCACAUUCGUUGGGUG